AGAUGAACAAUGUCGCUGUUGUACUCUCAAUGGACAAGUCCGUUGAACCUCGGUGAUGCCGGUGACCAGCCAAAGCUUUGGCGCGGACCGCUAUAUCCGCCGACUCCCGACUCAGUCCUGCCCUUCCCGCGAUCCGGAACGGCAAGCUGGCUGCGCCUGGUCUCUAACUUUACCCUGACACUGACAUAACUCACGUCACAAUAAUUUUAGUUCUUCGCUCGGAGCAAUUCUUCUUUAUAUUCCGAAACGAUAAGAAGUAUACAUAAAGGGUGUUGGUCCGACCAUCUCCAACAUUUGCGAGAGCGAUGAUUCAUUGACGCGUUGACCAUGCCACCGACUCGAAAGGCACAUCAUAAAUCGCGCAAUGGCUGCAAUCAAUGCAAGAAAAGACACGUCAAGUGCGAUGAAGUCCGGCCACAUUGUGGAAACUGCGUGAAAAGAGAAGCGACCUGCAGCUUCUCCACAGGCGAACAAAGCCCUCCCAACGGCCAGGAGGAGCCGGAAUCACCAACAAAUGUUCCCGAAGCUCGACAGCAGGUCCUCUCUCGAGCCGAGGAGAUGGACCUGAUUCAUUUCUUCACAACAACUACCACCAAGACUGUCUGCCAUGAUCCUAAGGACUGGCACCUGUGGGAACAUGGUAUUCCAGGACUGGCCUUUCAGAACGAGUAUCUGCUUGACGCUCUAUUAGCAUUGACGUGUCUUCAUCGAUCAAGGUUGCAUCCUCUGAGACAACAAUUUUGGGUUCGAUGUGCUAUAGAAUACGAGAAUCGCGCGUUACCGGGGUUCUUCAAAGUACUGAGUGACGUGAACGACGAAACCUGCCAUGCUGCGUUUGCAUUUUCUUUUGUCACUACCCUGGUCGAAAUCGCAAUGCCUCGAGGAGACAUUGAUCCUAUUGAACAUCUAGUCGGAAUGCGCAACUACUUCAGAGGAACGGCGAUAUUAUAUCUGACCAAGUUGGAUGCACUGAGAUGUGGUGCUAUGAACUCAUUCUUUCUUGCAAAGACGAUCACCUGGGAAUACGAUCCGGAGCUCCGAAGGUCCCUCCACGACAGAGUCACCGCUUUGUACGACAUAGUCGCUGGAAGUCGGGACGAGAAAAUCUACAACGAAACGAUUGCUCUACUACUGCGACUGUUCUAUGACUCUCCGUACGCCAUCAUAAGCUUCUCGUUGCUCGUUGGACCGGACUUCUUCCAGCUGGUCUGUCAGCGAGAACCAAUGGCAGUAUUGAUUUACAUAUAUUGCGGUGUCGCAUUUAACAAUGUCAACGAAUGGAGACGUUGGAAGAUAGUCCAAUGAUGGCAUCUGCUCUUUCGUGGGCUAAACAGCAAGUCAUGAAAGUGCCAGAAUCGAAUAAAGUGAUAUUUUGGAGGAUCUUUGAUGCUGAGCAUCAAGUUGAGACAGUUGAGACUCUUCUGCAUCCAGACGAUCCCCUUCACUGUCUUC